GGGACCGAGUCGGGACUGUCACUCGCGCGCUAUGGACUUACUGAGGACCAUCGCCUGUCAGCAGCACUCCAGGAUGUGUGAGCAGACUCUGGCCAAGUCCGGGGAGCUCCGGCUCAGCAGGAGAGCGGACCCGCCGACACCCCCCGCCGCCGCCGCCCCCGAGAUGUCCAGGAUUAUAACCGACCCGAGCACCGGCAAGUGCUACUGCAGAGGCAAAGUCCUGGGCAAGGGAGGAUUUGCCAAAUGCUACGAGAUGACAGAUCUGUCCACCAACCGCGUCUACGCCGCAAAAAUCAUCCCCCACACGAGAGUAGCUAAACCUCAUCAGAGGGAAAAGAUUGACAGAGAAAUUGAACUGCACAGAACACUCUUUCACAGACAUAUUGUCCAUUUCUACCAUCACUUUGAAGACAAAGAAAACAUUUACAUCCUACUGGAACACUGCAGCAGAAGAUCUAUGGCUCACAUAUUGAAAGCCAGGAAGGUGCUGACAGAGCCAGAAGUCCGAUAUUACCUGCGACAGAUUGUGUCCGGAUUGAAGUGUUUGCAUGAACAAGGGAUUCUGCAUCGAGAUCUUAAACUAGGUAAUUUUUUCAUCAAUGAAUCGAUGGAACUGAAAAUAGGAGACUUUGGAUUAGCAGCAAAACUGGAACCAGUGGAGAAUAGAAGUCGAACCAUCUGUGGUACUCCAAAUUACUUGUCCCCUGAGGUGCUCAACAAACAGGGACACGGCUGUGAAUCUGACAUCUGGGCCAUGGGCUGUGUAAUGUAUACUAUGCUGCUGGGGCGACCUCCAUUUGAGACCACAAACCUGAAAGAAACUUACCGAUGUAUAAGAGAGGCAAGAUACACAAUGCCAUCUUCCCUGUCGUCUUCUGCCAAGCAAUUAAUUGCAAGCAUGCUAUCAAAACACCCAGAGGACCGGCCCACCUUAGACGACAUCACACAGCAUGACUUUCUAACUCAGGGAUUCACACCUGACAGACUGUCGCAGAGCUGUUGUCACUAUGCACCAGAUUUCCACUUGUCCAGCCCUGCCAAGAAUUUCUUUAAGAAGGCAGCUGCAGCCCUGUUUGGUGGGAAGAAGGACAAGGUCAAGUUUCUGGACAAUCAAAAUAAGCUGGGAAAGGAUGAUGAUGAAAUAUACAAGCUGAAAAGUGAUUUGAAGAAAAUGUCUCUAAGCAACCAAAUGAACAAUAAAAGCCCAUCAGAUGAGGAGCAGAGAGGUACCAACUGUGAUAAGCCAGAGACUGCGCCAGUGAAGGAAACUGAACAGCAGAUCAGAGAUUCGAUUCGGAUGAUAGUAAGAGGAACCCUGGGCAGCUGCAGCAGCAGCAGUAGUGAGUCUCUUGAAGACAGCACAAUGGGAAGUGUUGCUGAUACAGUUGCUAGAGUACUUAAAGGCUGCCUGGAAAACAUGCCAGAAGGAGACAAUUUCCCCAAAGAACAAUUGAACUGCUCCUUCCAGUGGGUCACUAAAUGGGUAGAUUAUUCAAACAAAUACGGCUUUGGGUAUCAGCUGUCAGAUCACACCGUUGGAGUCCUCUUUAAUAAUGGAACUCAUAUGAGCCUGCUGGCAGACAAAAAGACAAUCCAUUAUUAUGCAGAGCUUGGCCAAUGCUCCAUAUUUACAGCCACCGAAGUGCCUGAGAAGUUCAUCGGUCAAGUCACUAUUCUGAAGUAUUUUGCUCACUACAUGGAGGAAAACUUAAUGGAGGGAGGUGAUUUGCCUGCCUCUACAGAUGCCCAGAAGCCAAGAUUAUGUCUCCUUCAGUGGCUAAAGUCUGACCGGGCACUGAUGAUGCUAUUUAGUGAUGGCACAUUCCAGGUGAAUUUCUACCAUGAUCACACCAAAAUUAUUAUUUGCAACCAUGAUGAUGAGUAUCUGCUUACAUACAUCAACGAGGAUAGAAUAUCUACCACAUUCCGCCUCUCCACACUGUUGAUGUCUGGAUGCUCCCAAAAUCUUCGUGCCAGGAUGGAAUAUGCCUUAAACAUGGUGCGACAGAUUUCAUUAAGAAGAUUGGAGUGAAGUGUGAAGAAAGUUUCUCAUGUGGGGAAAUUGUUCUGAAGUAACUGAAUUGUCCAUUUGUAAGGAGGAGGUGGUACGAGGGAUUGAUCAUUUCAUUGUGGUGUACUGGGCCGGAACCAGACAGAUGGUGUUUUUUUAAAUCCUUCAUUGUGAAGGAUGGAUGAUACCUUAACCCCUGUCUGAGGAACUUAGUAUUUUUGUUGCAAGAACUAUGAAAAGGAUUGUAUGUUACAACAAAGCUGGGUGAUUUGUUGUAGCUGCAUAGUGAACGGAAAGAAAGAUCUGCUGCAAGUGAUGUUGGAUAGAAAGAAGUAUUGAAGAAUACAAGAACCAAGAAAAUGUGGCUCAUAUGCUGCUUAUCUGAACUUUUAAGGACUUCAAAUUCUUAAAAACUGAACUGAGGAAGCAAAGCCAAGGUUGUACCUUGUAGCUGGAUGUGUUCAUUCUUUAAUUUAUUACACACUGACAGUAUUUAUUAUUUAUUAUAUCUCACUUGUGCACACUGACAAUUUUGAACGCUGAACAAGUCACUGAAUGUUUUAAAUAUUAAUAAAGAUUCUUAAUUCAA